GUGAGUCAGUGUGUGUUGUGCGUGUGACGGGAGAGUGUGUUGCCGCGCCUCUCUCUCUCCCUCUCUCUAUCCUUCCCUCCUAUCUUUGUGUGUACGGAGUUCUCGCGCCCUGGGAAUUACUAAGGACUUCAUCUCCACGACCAGCAGCAUUCUGCCUUCCCGUGGCAGAGUGACGGAGGUCCCUGUGGAGCGCCUGUGUUGUCGUGCAGGAGAGGCGGGCAGGUCGUGUGCGAGGCAUGAAGGAGCAGCAGCGUGGUUGGUGGCGCGGUUACAGCCUCUAGUUGUUAGCUUGUAUGGUGCGUCUUAGGCUGGACGGCUGCCUGACAGGUCCUCCUGCCUCCUGGCCUCCGUGGCUUCCUCGCUGGUCUAAGAAGGCGUUCUCAGACCACGCCGAAGGGGCCUCGCCCGCUCUCUAGUGUUGUCGUAGGCCUAUCCAUGAGAGCCUGUUUACCUGUGCGCCGUCUCGUGUGAGAGCGAGACCCCCGAGAAAAGAAAGCAAUAUAAUCCUAGCUUAAAAAGUCCCGAGACCUGGCCCGUGCAUUGGCCUGAGGUCAUCGAGUGUGGACGGUGAGCGAUACCGGGAAAGUUGUCAGUGAGUGUUGCGUAGUGUCGGUGUUGUUGUUGUUGUGAUCCGAGUGUGGCGUGGCGCCAGAUCCGAGGUGGGACGGCGGCGCUGGAUGAGUGGUGAUCCGUGUUGCAAUAUGGAGGUCGCCACAAUGGUCACGUAAAGUGGAGGCAGCGCAGCAAGUGUUGGAUGUGGGGAGACCAGCAGCGUGUGGUGGGUCCCCAGCAGGUCGGCGGAGGUCAAUGCUCACACCAUCACCUCCUCCAUCAGCACCAGCACCUUCCCCCACACCACCAUCACCACCACCUGCACAUCUCCCCUAAUCACCAUGACGACGGAGGUGCUUGGCCACUAGCCCCCUCCUCUUCCACCUCCUCCACACCUUCCACUUCUUCCCCCGCCAUCUCCUACACUUCCCCACCCUCCUGCUCGCCGCCAGGAGAGUCCUACGCCAAUUGGAUGGCCGAGGCGCUGGCCACCUGCACCAGCUACACCAGCACCCUUCCCUUCCUCCUCCCGCCAAACUACUCCUCAUACACCUCCACCUCCUCCUCCUCCUUCUCCACCAACGCCACCCUAACGUCCCCCACCACGCCCACCUCCAGCAUCGCCUCCCCAGUGACCACUUCCACGUCGCCCUCCAUCGCCGCCAUGUCCCUCAAGAUGAACAGCGUGUAUAUAGACACGUCCCCCUCCAGGACCUCUAAGCCGCCUCCCACGGUCAGGUCGCACUCCCUCGACCAGCUCAAUUUCGAGGAGAAGCGGCAGCUCAUAGCCUCCACGCUGAGCUUGAGCGACCUCCUCGGAGGCGGGCCGCAGAAGGGGAAGCUCAAGGCCGAGGUAGAGACUCCUUCGGAAACCUCGGCGACCCCGGGUGCCAACACACCGACGUCGGGCACCAACUCCAUCGUGACCAAGUCCACGUCGCUCUCCCUCUCCGACAUCAUCAACGCCACCAAAAGCAACAAAGGUGAGGCCAAUGAUGAAUGCUGUUGCCGCCGGCAGUUGCGAUAUGAUGCAUGUGAGUGUAAAUAACUUGAUACAGACAGGGAUGAAUAAGUUUACAUGUAAAAUAAAUACAUUGAUUAAUGCAGAGAGUUGAUGUUCACCGGCCAGGCGA